CUUACAUCGUGAAUUGAAAUUAAGCCAGUAGCACUUUACUUCUGCAAAAGAAAAAAAAAAUGUCUAGCAGUGAUGAGCUGAUCAUGAGUUCUAAUGAGCUGGUUGAAGCUCAUUCUCUCUUGUGGCAUUCCGGACUAGACUACAUGAAGUCUAUGUCACUAAAGUGUGCUAUUGAAUUAGACAUAGCAAAUGUCAUCCACAAGCACGGCCAGCCCAUUCCUUUUUCCAAACUAGUCGAUUCGCUUAAGAUCCCGCCUUCCAAAGCUAAUUUUCUCUAUAGGAUCAUGCGAAUCCUGGUUCACCAUGGUUUCUUCACAGCCCAAAAAGUCAACGGUGGCAAAACUCAAGAAGAAGAAGAAGCUUACUCUCUCACAAAUGCUUCCCGCCUUCUCUUGACGGACGAGCCCGCGUUAAUCAUGAAUAUGAAGAGUCUGUCCCUUUUCUUCCUCCUUCCCGCGGUGGUAAACUCGUGGCAAUCAUGGAGCACUUGGUUAAAAAAUUCGGAUGACAUGACUUUGUUCGAGACUGCAGAAGGGAAGACCUGGUGGGAAUAUGCUUCUCAAGAGCCAGGCCUCAACCACUUAUUCAAUGAUGCAAUGGCAAAUGAUUCAAAGCUAACUGCCAAGAUCAUUCUGGAAGAAUGUAAAGAGGUGCUUGAGGGGUUGAAGAACUUGGUGGAUGUAGGAGGUGGCACUGGAACCAUGGCCAAGGCAAUAGUCAAUGCGUUCCCACACAUUAAAUGCACUGUUUUAGAUCUCCCGCAUGUUGUUGCUAAUGUGCAGGAAACAAGUACUGAUAACUUGAAUUUUAUCGGCGGAGACAUGUUUUCUGAACAAAUACCACCUGCAGAUGCUAUUCUACUCAAGAAUGUUCUGCACGACUGGACGGAUGAAGCUUGUGUUACUAUACUAAAGCGGUGCAGAGAAGCAGUCUUGAGCAAUGGUAAUAAAGGGAAAAUUAUUCUGAUUGAAAUAGUAGUUGAAACCCAAAAGACAACAAAUAAAGAAACAACUGAACUACAACUCUUAAACGAUGUGUUCUUUAUGGGCCUAUCUGCCAAGGAACGUACUCUACUGGAAUGGGAAAAGCUCUUCUCUGCUGCUGGAAUCAGUCAUUAUAAAAUUAUUCACACAUUUGGAAUCAGAUCUGUCAUUGAGGUUUACCCUUAAACAAGUAUUAUAUAGUAUUGUGUAGGUGUUGGUACUACAUAUAUACAUAAAUAUAUAUAUAUAUAUAUAUUCCGCUGUCCAAUCACGCGCUGCCAGUGAAAAUGUCUUCCAAUCAUAAACGGACGCAUGGCAAGCGUUGUGAAUCCAUGUACAUUGAAUCAUUUUCCUUAACUGCAAAAAGAGAAAAAAAAAAAAAAAAAAAAA